CUGAGCCAACCUCACGAACCCCGCGGUCAACAUCCAACUCCAACCUCUCAGCAUCACCAAGGUUGGACGCGGCCAGGUUUUGCCAUCAUGUCUCAAUCUCUGCGACCCUACCUCCAGGCCGUCCGGAGCAGUCUGACGGCUGCCCUGACGCUCUCCAACUUCGCUUCCCAAACCGCCGAGCGUCACAAUGUCCCCGAGAUCGAGGCGCAGACCUCCCCCGAGGUCCUCCUAACCCCUCUCACGAUUGCACGUAACGAGAACGAGCGCGUCCUGAUCGAACCGAGCAUCAAUUCCGUGCGGAUAUCCAUCAAGAUCAAGCAGGCCGACGAAAUCGAGCAUAUUCUGGUCCACAAGUUCACCCGUUUCUUGACGCAGAGAGCCGAAUCGUUCUUUAUUCUGAGGAGAAAGCCUAUCAAGGAGAUCAACGCCACGUGGCACACCGACCCCUUUUACGGAGCAUGGGAUACUGAUACCAGUCCUCAGGGAUACGACAUUUCCUUCCUGAUUACCAACUUCCACACCGAGGAGAUGCUGAAGCACAAGCUGGUCGACUUCAUUAUUCAGUUCAUGGAGGAGGUUGAUAAGGAGAUUUCGGAGAUGAAGCUCUUCUUGAACGCGAGAGCCAGAUUCGUGGCUGAAUCCUUCCUCACUCCCUAUGCUGGCAUGAAUGGCAAGAAGGACCAGAUGAAGAUGCGGAAGCAGCACCAGCAGAAGAAGCUGCAUCACAUGACCCAUCAGGGCUCAGUCAACAUCAGUGACUUGCCUCAGACCGUCUCUGAGGAGGCUGACUAUGACAAUGAGCCUGGUGGUGUUCGUCUCAAUGGUGCCCUCUUUGUCACCAACUCAGACCAGAUUCAGAACAGGGCUCCUUCUCAUUUGAACCCUACUUCCUCCCCUUGGCACCCCAAGAGCAACGGAAUCCAUAAGGUCCAAGAGCCGAUUCCUCAGACUCAGUCAUUGCCCGACAUGGAUGACACUGUUUCCACCGCCGAUACGGCCUCUGACAGCCAAGGCAACCCCGAGAUCGCCAGCCAGGUCUCCUCUCCCACUCUUGCCAAUUUGCCCACCCAGGGUGUGUAUGACAAGGGUAGCAUCAUGUCUGGUCUGCAGUUCGUGACUGGCCACUGGGCGGCUCCCCAGCAGAGUCUCGCGGCCAUGAACGCCAACAACGGGUCUCAGCUCACUGGCAGCGCCUCGAUGGGCACUCUGCCCUACCAGACUCCUGUUCGCGAGAACGACGGUAGCGAACUUCAGGGCUCUCAGGGCUCCAUCGGCACGGUCUUCCACGCGGGCGUCCCCAGCCCUGGUGAUAGCGACACUCCGAAGGCAUCCAACCCCGGCAUGAUGACCGAGCCUCGCAACUUUGCUCCUCGCGCCACUGGUAACCUUGCCCACUUGGGAGCUCCUCCUAAGUUCGACUUGAACAGCAUCGUCAACGACAAUUCGACUCCUGCCGCCUCUCAGGAUCCUUUCGUCACGCAAGCUUCCCAGGGCGGUCCAGUCCAGCCUUUGUUCGGCUCGCAGAUGAACACGACCCAGAUGCUUAUGACGGGUCAAUUGCCUUUCGGCCCUGCAACUGGCGAGACUCUCCAUUUCGACCAGCUCCCUCGCGAUAACGAGUUCGGUAGUGCCACAGGGGGCAACACCCAGUCGUUUGCCGUCAACAAUGGAGGUUCCUCCCAGAAUGUCCAGGGUAUGGCCAUGCAGAAGAGUGCUGGCAACGCCGCCGGAGCUCUUGCUGUCCACCAGGGAGCUAUCCAGUCUUACACCAAUCAGGGAGAUGUAACUCCCUACCAGGCUGGCUACCCGUCUCAGCAUUCCAUGACUCCGGUCGCCGUUGCGCCGUACAUUGCUCCCGCUCCCGACUACGUCCGAGCCCAGCGCUCUCACGAGCUGAACCGCUUGACGGCUACCACGAGUGGCCUUCCUACCGCCGAAACGGCUAUGCAUCACAGCAACUUCCCUUUCAUCGAGCCUGCCAGCCGCCCGGGCAACUUCACCGUCCGAGGUGUCGUCAAGAUUGGUAACAUCCCCUUUGUCACCAAUCGCUCCGAGAUCAUCGCCGUCCUCGGGCGCAACUCUCGCAUCCUCAACGAUACCGAGGAGCCUGUUCACAUCAUCAUGGAGCGUGUCACUGGCAAGACUACCGAUGCUUACGUCGAGUUCCAGACUCUGGAGGAUGCCGCCAAGGCUGUUGAAAAGCACCAGCAGAACAUUGGCCGUGGCAGAGUCACCCGCAUUGGUCAGCGCCCCGUGGAGAUUGAGCUCUCCAGCCAGGCUGCUCUCAUGAAGGACUUGUUCCCUUCCGCUCGUGGUGUCUUCUGGAACGGAACCAACCCUCAGGUGCUCGCCAACAACGCUAAUGAGCCUUGGGACAACUUCAAGGGCUUCGUCUCCAACGAGGAGAUGACCAUGCUUGUCAAGCACGUCGAGGUCCCUCACCGGUCUCCCUUCUCGAAGGAGUGCCCUCAGCGCCCCUUCGAGUGCUUGAUCAGCACCCUUACCAAGUUCCCGUGGCAUAUGAAGACGCACAUCACCAUUAUGCAGCGCCACGCCAUGCACAAGGCGACAUGCGACCUGGUUCGCAUUUUGGUCAACAGCAUCCGUGACCGUCGUGACGAGCUCAAUCUCACGCAGCGUCUUCUGAAGCGCGUGGUUGCUGCGGCGAUGCGCUGCGAGGGCUUCUCAGCUACCCAGAAGGACGACAUUGCCUACCUGGUCGACAUGGGCGAGAUGGAGCAGCGCUCCUUCGGCCAGCCGCGCUUUGCCGAGAGCUGGCGUCACCUCUACGUUCUUGUGCCCAAGACCGGUGUUCCCCUGGAUGUGAUUGAGUGGUACAUUGCCGUGAUUCGCGAGGAGACCAACCGUUUCCUCGAGACGCAGGCUUUCCAGGAGAAGUGCCAGACCCGCGCCAUCGGCGACACCACAGACCUCUACUUUGGCUACUUCUGGCGUGAGCUGAACCACCCCGUCGGCCCGGCUUUCGACAGCAUGACUCUCUCGCAGCUUGCCAUGCACGAGUAUCAGACCAUGGAGUCCAUCAUUCGUCGCGCGCUGGCCCCUACCGACGCCACUCAUAUGCGUCUUGCUCUCCCCGGCGCUGUCCACUGA